GCAAUAAUAAAUAGCACUAUCACCCCCAACAUGACAUUUACUAAAACAUCCCAGAAGUUUGGCCAGUGGGCAGACAGCAGGGCGAAUACAGUCUAUGGCUUGGGAUUUUCAUCUGAACAUCACCUUUCAAAAUUUGCUGAAAAAUUUCAGGAAUUCAAAGAAGCUGCACGACUAGCAAAGGAAAAAUCCCAAGAAAAGAUGGAACUAACAAGUACACCCUCUCAAGAAUCAGCUGGAGGGGAUAUUCAGUCUCCUUUAACGCCAGAAAGUAUUAACGGGACAGAUGACGAGAGAGCGACGCCGGAAGUGACGCAGAACUCAGAACCAAGGGCUGAACCAACUCAGAACGCAUUGCCAUUUACCCAUAGUUCGACAAUCAGCAAACAUUGGGAGGCAGAACUGGCCACGCUCAAGGGUAAUAACGCUAAGCUCACAGCAGCGCUGCUGGAGUCCACUGCCAACGUAAAACAAUGGAAACAACAACUUGCUGCGUAUCAGGAGGAAGCAGAACGUCUUCAUAAGCGGGUGACUGAGCUAGAGUGUGUAAGCAGUCAAGCCAAUGCAGUCCACACACAUAAAACAGAAUUAAACCAGACAAUACAGGAGUUAGAGUCUACGCUGAAGAAAAAAGAAGAGGAAAUCGAAGGAUUGAAACAAGAAAUCGACAAUGCCAGAGAGCUCCAGGCACAGAGGGAUUCUCUGACCCAGAAGUUACAGGAAGUAGAAAUUCGAAACAAAGACCUGGAAGGCCAGCUGUCUGAUCUAGAGCAACGUCUGGAGAAAAGUCAGAAUGAGCAAGAAGCUUUUCGCAAUAACUUGAAGACACUUUUAGAAAUUCUUGAUGGAAAAAUAUUUGAACUAACAGAGUUACGAGAUAACUUGGCCAAGCUAAUAGAAUGCAGCUAAAGAAAAUGGGAUUUCAGUGCCAAUCAGCUUAAAGAUGCACUGUCUCUCUUCAUAGGACUGUGUUGGGCUCUGCAUCAAAGUUGCACAAAAUUAGAAAAUGCUCCUCUGAGAGGGCUUGUUUUAAAUUUGAGUCGUAUUUCAAUGUAAAAUUUAGAACUCAGCUUGUAGCUAGUUGAAGAAAAAAACAACAAACAAAAAAACUUGAAUUACAAAUUACCUCCUUGUACAUUAUUGGCCACAGAUAACUUGAAAGAUAUUAACAGUAAUUGAAUGCAAUCCUUUUCUAAUUAUCAGUGAUGGAAGAAUUAGCAGUGUCCCAGGUCACAUCCCCGUUUUGUGAUAGACACAAUAUAGGUUAUCUGCUGUUUUAUUUAUUUAAGAUAUUUAGUUGCUGUGUUUUGUGCAAGAACUUAGUGAUGACAGCCCUGUAUUUUGUUGUUCUUAAUAAUUUCUCAGGAUACUUUGCACUGUGGAGAAGCAGUGCCAUUACCAGUUUAUUCUUGCUGGGAGUGAGAGAGAGUUGCAUCUUUAAUUGAAACAAAGUUA